CAAGCACUUCGUUUGAGUGCCACUCUGUCUCUCCUUCUCUCUCUCUCUCUCUCUUUCUACCCCCACCGAGAAAUCAGAAAAAAGGUUGAAACGAUGGGUUUUGUAAUGGGGAGCUCUUGCUUUUUACACUCUCUCAUCUGCCAAUCACGCUUUCCUUCUUCUCCCCAAUCCAUUUUCUUCUAUUCCUGCACAAGAAAUGCAGAGGCCAAGAGGAAGAGCAUUGGUCCAAGGGCUUCUAUGCACCAUGAGGACCCAAACAACAAUGUUCACUGCAAGAGGAGGGCCAUUCUGUUAGUGGGUAUUUCAGUUCUUCCAUUAUUGCAACUCAGGGCCGGAGCUCUUGAAAGCACCAGAACAAAAGAAAGUGGGCUAAAGAAACCUGAGGAGAACCAAAAAGCAGAGCAAGCACUUCAAAGAGAUGCUCCACCAAAUCCCUUCCUGUUUCUCUUGAAUGGACUCGGAAUAUUUAGUUCUGGUGUGAUUGGUGCUCUGUAUGCAUUGGCUCAAAGGGAAAGGACAGCUACUGACGCAACAAUAGAUUCUAUGAAGUCCCAACUGAAAGAAAAGGAUGUUGCCAUUGUUUCGUUGGAGAGAAACUUUGAAUCAAAGCUACUGAAAGAACAGGAAGAACGAACCAAGCAACUGAGAAAGGCAAAGGAGGAGCAGCAGGCCUUAUUGAACCAACUAAAUUCAGCAAACAGUACAAUUACAGGUUUGGGGCAGGAGCUGAAAAGAGAGAAAAGAUUGAUUGAGGAUCUUAAAGUUCAAAUUCAGUGUCUUGAAACCAGCCUUUCAAAGGCUAGGGAUGAUAAAAAGGAAGUUGAAGAGAAUUUGAAGGAAAAGCUUGAUUCAAUUGAAGUCUUACAAGAAAGGAUCAAUUUGCUCAUCUUAGAGCUCAAGGAUAAAGAAGAUAAUGUUCGAAGUCUUAGCUCUUCUCUUGCUGAAAAAGAAUUAGAGUUGAACAACUUGAAUUUUACCUACAAGCAAACUAAGGAUGAACUAGCUAAAGUGCAUUCAGAAAUCCAAGGAUUGGAAGGUGAAUACCUGAAAAUUCAAAAGGAACUAGAAUCAAAAAAUUCUUUGUUGGACGAAUUAAACACAAGACUAAGUUCUUUAACUUCUGAGAGAGAUGAUUCUAAGUGGAAAUUGGAUGUGAUUCAGGAGGAAUUCAAUGAUCUGAAGUCAUCUUCUGAGAAGAAGGCAGCUUUGGAUGCUAAGCAUUUGGGAGAAAAAGAAGAGGAACUUCAGCAGCUAAAGCAAAAGCUUGAACUUGCUCUAAAUGAAGUGAGUGCAAUCCAAGCAAUAAUUGCUGAUUUGACCCAAGAAAGGGGUAAUUUGAAAGAAAUGCUAGAUAUAGAAUUGAGCAAUGUACAGCAUCUAAAACACGAGCUCAAGAGCACUAAGGAAAAUCUUGGAAAUUCAAGAAAAGAGGUGUCUGAUCUGACAAGUAAACUGAAGCAGUCUAGAAAUCUGUACACAGAGCUUGAAGGUGAGGUCUCUAGGGUUCAUGCAGAGUUUUCUCAAGUUAGGGAAUCACUCCAGAGGAAACUUGAUGAGGCAACACUAAGUAGUGAAGCACUGGCCAGUGAGCUUACAGCAGUGAAGGAACUUCUGAAGAAAAGAGAGGAGGAGCUGCAAAUUGUGUCCCAUGAAGUAGCAUCUGCAGUGGAAAAUCGCGAUAGCCUACAGAAGGAAUUGGUUGGUGUGUAUAAAAAGGCAGAAACUGCAGUAAAUGAUUUAAGAGAAGAAAAACGGCUAGUUUCUUCUUUAAGCAAAGAAGUACAGGCUUGGGAGAAGCAAAUCUUGAAGGACAAGGGGGCCCGGAAAUCCCUUGAAAGAGACCUGGAAGAGGCUACCAAAUCACUUGAUGAGAUGAACCGACAUGCUUUGACACUUUCUAGUGAUCUAGAGAAGGCAAAUUCUAGAAUCUAUGACCUUGAGGAUGAAAAGGAGGUGCUUUACAAGUCUCUUACUGAGCAAAAGAACGCAUCUAAAGAGGCCCGCGAAAACGUGGAAGAUGCACAUGACCUUGUCAUGAGGCUUGGCAAGGAAAGGGAUAGUUUGGAGAAGCGAGCAAAGAAACUUGAGGAGGAAUUGGCAGCUGCAAAGGGUGCAAUAUUGCGGUCAAGGAGUCAUAUUAAUUCAACAAAAGCACAUGUAAAUAAUCAGCAAGCACAGCUAGGUGAAGCUGAAGGCAAUGCCACUGUUACUGCAAAGAAAAGUGGGAGGAGGAGGAAGGCUAGUUCCCAAGAAUCUUGAUUCCCAUAAUCUUUUCUUCCCACCAUGUUCAAAUGCUCUUUGUAUCCUUAGAAGUGAGUACUAUGUAUGUACUUUAGGAGUUUCAUUGCCGGGUUUUGUUUCCAUUUGUAUGUAUAGUAGUAUCAGGUUCUGGAAUGUUUUUGACUGAUGGAAUAUGGUAUGAAUUUUUCAAAUUUUCUUUA